CUAUAAUAUCUACAUAGGUGCAUAAUAUAUAAGGAAGCAAUUGAUUCCAUCGGUUCAGUGAUAACUCGUCUGUCCAAAUUUUAGAAAAAAAAUCACAAUGGUCCAAUUGGAAGGUACUUACCAAUUCGUCUCUGAGCAGGGUUAUAAAGACUAUUUGAAGACUUUCGGUGUUCCCGAUGACACUGUGAAUAAGUUGGCCGCUUCUACUGAGCCAAUUGUCAUCUCUGCCGUCACUAGUGAUAGUGUCACCAUGAAUUAUGGAAAUAACAGUCACGUUCUACCAUUGGGAAAACAGACUGAAAUUACUUUGUCCAUUGGAAGACCUGUAAAGGUGACCCCCACUGUGAAUGGAGACACAAUAACCAUGAACAGCAUAUUCGGAACAACACCGGAAGUUACCGAGGAAAGAAUUUUAAAGUUUUCAGACUCUGGAUUGACAGCUACUUUAACCAACUCCAAAGGAGCAAAAGCAGUGCGUAACUACAAGAGAGCUUAAGUUUAAUUUUCAUUUUUUUUAUAAUAAAUAUAGUUUAAUAUGAAAAUCA